CCGAAAGUAAGAGCAAAUCUAUCCCUGGGGUGUUUCAUCCUUCGUGAUUUCAUUUUCUUGCGUGCACAACCUCAACCCUACCACCUGGAAAAAUACUCAUCUUCGAGAGUGUCUGUUUGCAAAAAUCAUGAAGUGUGGUGCAACAGCUACAAUAUUUGGGUUACGUGUAUGUAGAUGUAGAUGCGUACGAGAUACCAGCCAUCAUUCAUGUCUACCAUUUUGUCUUCCCGGCGUACGUUCGCAAGUGCCCUUCCUCGGUUGUCCAAUCAAGUCUCGCCUCCACCGCCUGCCACGAACACGAAACUCACCUCGAACAUACCCUCCGGCAUCCGCGAGAAGAUCGGUCGGACCUUGCAUGAGACUCACGAUCAUCCGUUAUUUCUCGUGCGCAAAAUCGUCGAGCGGCACUUCGUCGAAAAUAUUAACAAAGAUUUCGCACUUGUCUCCGCCCCGCUUAACCCGGUGGUAACUGUGGCGGAGAAUUUUGACAAUUUGCUCAUCCCCAAGGGGCACAGCAGCCGCCUCCCGAAUGACACGUAUUACGAGGACUACGACCAGGGAAAAUGCCUCCGCACGCACACGACGACGCACGAGCCGGAGAAUUACUGGCGCGGGAAAUUCCUGCUCACCGGAGACGUCUACCGGCGGGACGAGAUUGACCGCACGCACUUUCCGGUCUUCCACCAAAUGGAAGGAGUGAAGCUGUUCGAAAAAAGGGCCGGCGAGGUAGAUCAUUUGUUCUUGGAAAGAAUCCAGUCUGACCUCCGCCACACAUGCGAGAGUACCAUGCGGCACUUGUUUGGACAUCAAGGGAGAAGACGUGAUCACUCUUCCAUGGAGUUCUUACGUUGGAGCGACGAUUACUUUCCCUUUACCAGUCCGAGUUUCGAAUUGGAAGUGAAGCUUUCAAAGCCCUCCUCCCGCGGAGAAAUAAGCACCGACAGGAGCUCCACCCAGUCUGCCGAUGAUCCCUGGCUCGAAGUGCUCGGCUGCGGGAUAUUACGCCCCGAGGUGCUCGCAAAGGGCCACGUCGACGUGAAAAGAUUCUCCGGGUGGGCCUUUGGUUUCGGUCUGGAGCGCCUUGCGAUGCUGCUGUUUCAUAUGGGAGUGUCAGGAUCGAAAUCAGCAAAAUCGAAAUAGUUUGUCAUGCAUAAAAUGCAACACAAAAAGUGACUCUAUUGCAGAGGACCCACGGGAGGCAGAUUAUAGUCCUGGUAAGGGUCAAAAGUUGGACUGCUAACUAGCAUGACAGAAGGCAGCUCUUUUGCCCUAAACCGCAUGACAGACUCGCUUCCAGGACCGGGAAAAUUUGCCAUGCACCGACUACAAACUGUAGGUCUAACUGGUAUCCGUUUUAUGCAUGACAAACUAUUUCAACUUUGACGAUUUCACACCUGACACAUCCAUAUUCCAGAUUCCAGACAUCCGGUUGUUUUGGUCCCACGACGAGCGCUUUCUUGAACAGUUUCACACACUGAGUAAGGAUCUGGAAGCUGGCGGCGAGAAGUGGCGAGAAGUUGAAUUCAAGCCCUUUUCCAAAUACCCAGCCAUUGCAAAAGACCUCAGCUUUUGGCUACCAGCACUUGAAGCAGCUGGAGAGAAGAAUCUGGGAGGAGUAUUGCGCAGCUCCGAAAAAGCAGAAGGUGAAGGACGGGAUAACGGGAGUACUAACUACAUGUCUCGCAGCGAUGUCAAACCGGCGGUGCAACAAGACCUUUACACGUUUCCGGAGAAUGAUUUCUUCGAGACCAUUCGCGAGGAGGCCGAUCUGGCGCUCCCGCUGGCCGGGGAUGACAAUGAGCAACACACGCGCAGCGAUAUUUACUAUCCGCCUGAAACAACAUCACGUUCACGACUAAGUGAACGUCGAAACCUAGUUGAGUCGGUCCGCCUAAUUUCCGACUUCACGCAUCCAAAAACCAACAGACGCUCGAAAACGUAUCGCAUUGUGUACCAAGACAUGAGCCGAACACUGACUCACGAAGAGGUCAACGAGAUUCAAAAUCGAAUCGUGGCACGCGUCACAGAUUGUCUGGGUGUGUGCAUCAGAUGA